AUGAUGACAUCAGUAAUAUUUUUUUUGGCAAUUGGCUUAACAGCAUUAAUAUUUGUUGUUGAAAAAAAAGAAGGCCUUUUAGAACGUAGUUGGAUUGCUGGUGUUACAACAAUUGAAGUUAUGUUUGCUCAUAUUAUUGUUAAAUUUUUUAUUCAAGCUAUUCAAAUUAUCCUUUUACUUGUUUUUGCAGAUUUUAUUUUUAAAGUUGAAAUUAAAGGUUCAGUUUUCUUAGCAGCGGCAUUAAUUUUUCUAGAAGGACUUUGUGGAAUGAGUUAUGGUGUCAUAUGGCCACUUGAAGGAAUGCCAUCAGCAAUGCGUUUUCUUAGUAAUUUCAGUCCAUUAACACAUCCUAUUGAGGCAAUGCGGUGUACAGCUGCAAGAGGUUGGUCAAUUUUUUAUUUUAAAGUAUGGUUUGAUUUUGUUAAUGUUAGCGCAUGGAGUUUGGGAUUUUUUAUCAUAGCUGCUAUUCUAUUUGCUCUUAGAAAAUAA